AUGGGUGUUAACGCGAUAAGUCUCAAUCAGCAAAUUACAGAUGGAUCCUCAACAAAUGUCCACAUACCAACAACUACGCUACCUACCAGUGGUUAUGCUUCUAUGUCUGGAAGUGCUACUGGUAGUGGACGUAGUAGUCAUCCGAGAAACAUUGAAGAUUUGGAAGAAAGUGAUUCGGAAAAGCCACAGCUAGACCUUCAAAAUGAAUCAAGACGUAGGAUGACUGGCGACUGGAGUGGUGAUAAUGAGAAUAGAGAGCCAGAUGAAGAUAUUUCAAAUCGUGCAUGGAAAUCUGAGGAAGGUUCUCCAGGUGAAAGCGCUGUUGCUUCAUUAUCUCGCCUUAAUUUAGAACUAGAUGCCUUUCUCACCUCUCGUGAUGACCAGAUAUCUUUAUCUGAUCCUCAGAAUCAAAAUGAUUCAGGUGAUAUGAAUGAAAAUGUUGGAAAUGUGCAACUGACUAAAACAUCUACCCAUUUAGUUGAUCUACUACAGGAUGGUACUAUUAGAGGAUACUUGUUUUCAUCAUCUCCUUCAUUCGAUCAAGGUAGCGAUAGACUUCCAGACCUCAGCAGUUUUAAACCAAGUGAACAUCAUUUAGGUGAUCAGAACGCAUCUCGCUCAUUCAGUUUGAUUCACACAUCGAUUUUUGAUUCAGAUAGCCAACCCAGCUGGUCUCUUUCAUUUUCGUCCAAGAAUGAUGCCAGUCAGCCUGACGCACUAUGCCAUUCUGAAUUCUCACAGCCACCUCCUAAGCCCCGUCGGACAUCUCAAGUUCUAACCACACGUGAAGAAGACACUGUAAGGCUGACACCUGAACCAAUUCAAUUCGAAAGAAAUGAGCUCAUGAAACCGUCACUAGGCGAAAUAAUUCAAAUGCACAUGGAUUCAGCUAAUAUUCUUAAUCCGAUAACAUCAAUUUCCUCUCAGCGAACUGAUUCACCUGGGAUAACUCAAAGUGCCAAUGAGAACAAUAACUAUGGUAUUGCAUAUUCACCAAACGCAACAACUGCUAGCCUUCUAGACUCACGUCCAUAUGGUGCAGCAUUAAUCUUACCGACUGCAACUCAGCUUAGCUUAGAUAUUAGUCUAGACAGAGAUUUAUCUUUCACGUAUACUACUUCAAUAUUUUCAACUGCUACAAAUACUAUAACUGGUUCCUCAUCAGUACCUGGGGUAUAA